UCAGCACUUCUCUUUCAUACUAAUUAAUCUAGUGACUGAUUCAAUGCAGUAACGUGGCUUUGUAGUCAUAUUCUCUGCAUAUGCAUUUUCUUUCUUAUUUUGCAUGAGAGCUUAGCCUUGCUUAUAGGGUCUAUUCCAGAGGGAUUUAAGAGAUUAUGACAUGCCAGAACUGUAUAAAUAUCUCAAUUACACCUGCAUUUCCCAUCAGUGGUUCAUGCUGAACGUCAACAGGACAAGCAACGAGAACGAUAGAAAUGGGGAAGAUAACCUUCUUUGAGGAAAGCAAAUUUCAGGGAAAGAAAUAUGAGUGUUCAGUAGAUUGCACAGAUUUUCGGGGACUCUUUCUGCGAUGUAAUUCCAUCAAAGUGGAAGAUGGAGCUUGGGUGAUCUAUGAACGUCCAAACUUUGGUGGAUGCAUGUAUGUCCUGGAGAAAGGGGAAUAUCCAGACUUUAAGCACUGGAAGGGCAUGGAUGGUCAUAUCAGUUCCUGUCGCCAGAUCAGGCCUAUAACUGGGAAUCCUCAUAUACAAUUGUAUGAGUACACAAACUUUAGCGGCCAGAAGGUGGAGAUAAAAGAAGAUACCCCAGACCUCCUUCAGCAAUGGAAUCACAGAGAAGUGAACUCAGUUCGUGUCCUUGAUGGUGCCUGGGUUUUGUUUGAGGAGUCUGACUACCAAGGAAGACAGUAUUAUGUAGAAAAGGGAGAAUACCGACAAAAUCAGUCCUGGGGGGCCUUGUCUCCCUGUAUUAUGUCUAUUCGACGGGUGAAAUUUUAACCCAUAGCUUUGCAAGCUGAGGGAGUGUCUCAAAUCAACCAUGUAUAGCUUGAGUCUGACUUUAAAUGACAACUGAAAAUGCAUAUAGUUAUGAAAAAAUGCAUCACUGUUUUUAUUGCAAUCUCGGCACUUAAGAUAUGCUUGGCUUCUAUUUAAGCACUUUAUUUCUGUACUUGUCCCAUAAAUUAUCUUAUAUGAACUACUGUCUCUUGUCAGAAGGUGGCAGCAUGCACAAUACUGAUAUGCACUCAUGCAGUGCUGUCACCUGCUGGAGACAGGUUUAAAAAGAAAUACAAAUCAGUCUGAGUACUGCAGACAUAUGGAAAGCAGACAUAUGGAAAUCACAGCAGAUGAUAACAAGUAAUAAACCCUUUAAACAG